AUGGGUGGAGUGAACAGGGCAAACCAGAUGCUGUCUAGCUACUCAGUGCCACGGAAGCGAAAGAAGAUCUCGUACAAGAAGAUUUUCCAGCACUUGUUGGAUGAAGCGACAUACAAUUCAUUUGUCCUCUAUCAGAAAGAAGGAGGCCGAGCAUCCCACAUGGAUUACCGGCUGCAACUUGUUGACGAGAUCAUCACCAAGUAUUCAGGGAAUGGCAGUGCCAAGAAGAAAGGGCGGCCAAGAUGUCCUCUGAACAUGAAGCGGCUUACUGAGCGCCACUUCCCGUCGCACAUCCCGCCGACAGAAAAGAAGCGAGAACCGACACGCCGCUGCAUCGUCUGCUACAUGAAGAGAGGCAGCAAGGGCAAGAACAUCCGCAAGGAAACUAGGAUCUGGUGUAGGUGGUGCGAGAAGGCCUUGUGCGCAGUGCCGUGUUUUGAGCGCUACCACACCGUUGGUAGUCUCCAAUAGUUGG